GAAUACGUCACUGACGCUGAUCAAUGCAGUGUCCUGACUUCCUACUAUUUAUCAGCCUUUGUGUUUUGAUCUCAAACAUUGACUCGGUGUCAUGCAUCAACCGAAAGAACCUAGUGUCUGAAAUGAAAUAUGAUAUACAGUUGAAAUUGGACCCCAUUGACGCAGGUUCUGAGAGUACAGUUGAGAUGUACUCGAAAUACGGCCAAAGAUUUAUCUGUGUUCUCCCAUCCGAGUCACGAAAUACGAACACCGUCACUCCACCACCUGUAGAUAACACAUUAGUGUCAAACAUGUUAUCGCUAUUGAACGGAUCUAAGUGCCUCAUCUACAGGCACAGCUGGUGGACAUACGAAUUGUGCUACGGACGUUAUGUGCUCCAGUAUCAUGCGGAAGAACAAGAGCGGAGUUCUGAGACGCUUCUGGGGCUUUACGACUCCGAAACCAACUGGACAGAACCUCGCAAUGAAACCGAUGAUGAACAACUGUAUCACUCCCAAUUCUAUGUGAAUGGGAGCUAUUGUGAACUCACGCUCAGUCGCAGGAAAGUCGAAGUGCGUUAUGUGUGUGAGACUGGCAACUCAUUCCUAAUCAUCCGCGUCGAGGAGCCCGAAACCUGUGUGUACCGAAUAUACGUGGCGGCACCCACUUUAUGCUCGCACCCAUCAUUCGUAGUCACUCGUAUUCCCCGAAUAGAGUCAAUCAAAUGCUCACCGGAAGUUGCAAACGCCUCUGUCACUGAAGAUUCCGAACACGCUGAGCACGCAAAUGCCACUGCAUCUUCCAAACGGUUUUACAACCAUUCUCUUUCUCGAAGUUCCAAACGAGUGUUUACCAUACCGGCUAUUUUAAAAAAAAUGCAAAUUCGCCGACGACACUUUGAACGUCGUUACAUCAGAUUUAUGCUGAAACAGUUUCUGCGCUCAAUCACCAGUCCGGUUCUGCAUGGAACUCAAUUAACUUCACCGGAUAUCUUCCGAAUGUUUCUUGAUGAUGCACGAGACUCACUUGCUCCGCAAACUUCUCUCUCCUGGUCCUUGCACCGUUGGUCUCUUCGCCGGUGUGCAGACGAGCUACAGCAAUCUCUACUUCAUUUCGCUAGUUCCACCAUUCAGCUCUUUCUAUCUCACUCUAAGGGUAUUCCAGUGCAUCCGAAGUCUCUGUCUGUUAUGCACAUCUUGGCAACAUUUAUGCGUUCCUUUAUCGAUGCGCAGUUGCAAUACUUCGAACAUCCGGACAAGAAACCAGUUAUUUUUCCUUUUGAACUGGUUUCAGUUGCCGCUGACCUAUUUUCCAAAUUAUCCGAUCAACUUCCGCGAAUUAUGUCUCCACACCUUGCUGAUGCUGUCCGACUUGAUCUAGAUGUUUUAUUGGCGCUUUACAACCGCUCAGCCGAGUCUACAGACAGCAUCGAGUUAGUCGGAAUGGAUCUGGACAACGUGACUUUUACCUUAGGGCUGCGUGGACUUAAUGCUGAACACCCGGCAUGGACGACCACUCCGGUGGAGAUUGAGGCUUUACGAUCUAUUCGGCACCGAUUUCAGCCUAGCUUGCAAAUAUUAAAGAACCUACACCAGUUGGUAAGAAUGACAGAGCAGAUUAAGAAAAUGGAGUCAGACUUCGAAACCACCAUGGAGAACUUGCUGGUCACCGCGACGAAUUUCAAAGUGCUGGUCGUGCGAAGUGCUGUUGAUGGUGCGUCCACCGAAGGAGAUGCAAGCGACGAUGAUCAUUCGGAGCCUCAAUCCUCAGAAUCAACAAGUCAUCCGUCGUCUCAAAAUGUGUUAGAAAUCGUCAAAAAUGUUCUGCGAAAAUUAUCACCAGAAUCUCCACAAGAUUUAACGGUGUAUGAGACAACCAGCUCAGCCAAAGGGACGUCCAUGUUUGUGAUAAUGUCCAGUGAAGAAAAAGGGAGGGAGGAACGUCGGAUGGAUGAAAUGGAAAGUGCAUACAACUUUAAAAAGUCAUCGCCCACCGCGCAAAACCAACCAGAGUAACGACGUUGCUGCCACUUACGUCCCUAAUCACACAGUUGGUAACUGUUUGCUUUCUCUAAUCUGUGAUCGGUGUUUUGUGAUGUCCCAGUGUCUCGUCUUCUCUACAUUCCUGUGACCAAUGUUACCUGCACCUAUUUCUCCCCUCACGGUUUUUGCUUACUCAUGAAAGUGUUUACCAUCUUAAGAAAAUAUACGCGCUGAUUCUGUUGACGUG